AAACGGCUGUUUCAAAACACCGCGGGAGGGCGUGAAACUGUUGCUCCUCCUAUUACUAGUCUUGAGGUCUGUUUCUGCAGGAAACGGGGGCACUCAGAGGGGAAUUGUGAAGAGAAGGGAAGUAAAAAAGAACGAAGGCUAUGUGGUUUCUUUUCGCCUUUGGCAAAGAGUAGCCAAGUUAAGAAUGCAGAGCAAACAAGGUGUCCCACUUCGGCUCUACCAUUAGGAGAUAUGGAGACGGUUACAGUAGAUGUGCAUGUUGAAAGCAACGAAAAAGAUUCUGUGGAACAAGGCUCCAAAGAUGAAAUUGACAUUAAAGCUCUGAAUGACACUGAACUACGGGAGCAUCUUUCUGCAUAUGGAGUCAGCCCUGGACCAAUACUGCCUUCUACAAGGACCAUUUAUGAGAACAAGCUGCAGCAGUUGAUGAAGCAAUGUCCAGCAAUGGCAGCUGGAAUGACGAACAGGCUUGAUGAUACUGAAAAUUAUGAAGAAGGAAAAACCACAGAAGUAGUCUUCCAAACAAACAGCCUCAAAGUGACAGCUGAAUGUGCCUCUGGGUCUGAUAACAAAUCACCUAUAGAUGUGGCAGAACGGCAGAAGAAGCUCUUGUCGCCUGAUGUUGAACACAGCUUAGCCAAAAUAGUGGCAGAACUACAAGAAAUACUACCAGAGGGUAAAGUGGCACUACAUCGGUCACAAGGACUAAGGAAGAAAGCUGGGAACAGUUCUGAAAGGAAUUGCAGACAAAAGACAAUUGAUGUACCACACCAAGACUUUGGCUGUCCUGAUGUUAACUUUACUGUAGGACACAGAAGAAGAGUAGCAAUAAAAGAGAAUCCUCCUUCAGUGAAGAAAGAGCCUGAAAGAGCCCAGGUGAUAUGUGAGAAACCAAGAGAAGGACUUAUACCAAUACGUGUAAAGAUCGCUGUGUUUGCCAUCUUCGUUUUCCUUGUCUUUGUGUAUGUAACUAUGGAAACUAAUUUUGAAAAUCCAUUCACAAGCUUUACCAAGGGCAAAUAAGUGUAUCCCAUCCUGUAGAGAUGGAAUUGUUAGACCAAAGGAGGUGGUUCUGUCUAGCUGUUUAUGAAUUAAGUGAUUUAGGUAGCUAAUUAAAAGGCACAAAGGAAUAUCCCAUGUUUGUGUGUUUUCUUUCAAAUAUAUAAUAAACCACCGUCUCUUUUGCCUUAA